GACAGCGGGCAUCGGAUCACCAGGCAUGACCGCGGGCACUGGGUCAUCAGGCAUUGGAUUGUCUGGCUCGACAGCGGGCAUCGGGUCACCAGGUAUGACAGCGGGCACUGGGUCACCAGGCAUCAGCAGGCACCGGGUCAUCUGGCACUGGAUCGUCUGGCUCGACAGCGGGCAUCGGGUCACCAGGCAUGACAGCGGGCACUGGGUCAUCAGGCAUUGGAUCGUCUGGCUCGACAGCGGGCAUCGGGUCACCAGGUAUGACAGCGGGCACCGGGUCAUCAGGUACCGGAUCGUCUGGAUCAACAGCGGGCAUCGAGUC